ACCACAGGUCUAGUCCACCUGACAUUGAGCUCUAUAUAUAUCUACACUUUUGUGUAAAACUCCAAAACAUUCAACAUUCCAUUUCCAAAUCCAAUAUCCCAAAGACAUAGCAAUGGAAAAUUAUAGUCCUUAUAAUUCCAAAAAACUAACAAAAACCCUCUUACCAAUUCUUCUUCUAUUAUUAGUAUGCACAAUCUCCCAAGCACAAGGCAACAUAAAUUCCAACUACAUCAAAUCCAAAUGCAACAUCACAACAUACCCUUCACUUUGCCUAAACACCCUUCUCCCAUAUGCCUCUUAUGUCCAAACAAACCCCAUCAAGUUAUGUGACACUGCCCUUGACAUCGCGAUAGGUAGUGCGAAAAACACUUCUCACAUGGUAUCAGAGCUUGGAAAAAAUAAAGGGAUAACGAAAUACGAAACGGCUGCCAUUAAAGAUUGUAUUAGUGACUUGAAAGAUGCAGUGUAUGAGUUGAAAGAAACACUUGGUGCUAUGAAUCAUCUUAAUGAUACAGACAAAGAUUUUCAAUGGGAUAAUGCUAAGACUUAUGCAAGUGCUGUUAUAAGUGAUGCAAAUUCUUGUUUGGAUGGUUUCUCUGAUAGGAAAGUAAAUCCUGAUGUCAAAGCUAAGAUUGGUGAUGCUAUUUCUUAUGUUACUAAACUUGCUAGUAAUGCUUUAGCUUUCAUAAAUCACCUUUAUUGAUAUAUAAUAUAUAAUAUAUCUAUGUGUUGUAAAUGAACUUUUAUUUUAAUUUAAGUUGUUGCUUGAAACUUUUAAGAUAA